AUGGACUCUACUUACCAAAGUGCAUUUUUAUCAGCCCCAUUUAGCUUUCUGCACCCACAAAGCGUCUUUGCCAGCAUCGCAGAGGGAAGAGACAACCAGCCUCAAAACAUCUUCUCAGGACUUCAAGAUCACUUCAAAGCUUGGACAUAUGAGGAUUGUGAGAACAACAGAAAUUAUGAAGACAAUUGUUACAAGUCGGUUUCAAAUUAUGGUCGGAACACUCAGGCUUGGGAGUAUCCCAAACAAGGACCCAACAGCAUCGAGACUAAGACUCAAAGAAGUCUAUCUCAAAGCUGUACUUUAGUAGCAAGCUCUGAUGCUAUUUGGCUUCAGAGUGCAAAGUCUUUGGGAUCUCGUGACUCUACUCAGAUAGAUUCUGGAAUCCAUGAAUCACUCCCAUCUGAGCUUACUUGUAUUGAAGUCAGCUCAGGAGCAAUGAGGAAAUCUACUCUCAGAAGGAUAAGAAAGUUCUUCAGAAAUUUGUUCAAGACCAACAACAGAGAUCUUGUGUCCAAGAGGUAUUCCAACUGCAAGAUAAGCCACCUGUAUGAAAGACUCAGGAAGACUCUGACUAGGAUUCUCCCAGAAGAAGUGGUGACCAAAGAAAUGAUUUAUUUCACUAUGGGACUCAUCAACAUCAAGAAAAUAUCUGAAUUGCCUUGAUCCUUAGCUACAAAGUCAGAAGUAUCCGCCUUCUUAGCUAGCACUCGUAUUUUCUCAUACAAGAAGCUCAGAAAAGCAUUGGAAUCGCCAACUUGCAGAGCUCUGUGCUGGUGCUUUGUGAACAACUCAGAAGACCCCAAAGUAGGGUUCCUAACUGAAGUCCUACAGGAGUUCAGCUCUGACCAAUAA